UCGAGGAUUCUCAUCCUUCCAGCUUCGAGUCAGGCGUUUAUCCUGAGUGACAGACCCGGUUUAGCGAACCCGCAAACUUGUGGGCUCAAAUGCCUGCUUCGAUCCGGUUCGAAGAGCGAGCGGAGUUCCAGUGAGGGGGAUGGACCUGAAUAAGCGGCUCCUCCUGCAAUCUGCAAACGGGAAACUUCGCUGCAAUAGAGGCUCUCCUCGGCUCUUCUCCCAAGUGUCCUUGCCUCCGGCCGCCCUCCUGCAAAAAGGAGCCUUGACGUACAAACACGCACCAAAUGCAAAGCUGGAGCGGCGCUCUCUCACCCCCUCGACGGUUUUCUCUCCCUCUGCAGCUUCAGGUUGUUCGGGCUGUUUGUCCUGGCCGUUGCUCUGCGUCUCAGUUGCUACUUUCUGCCCUUCCUAAGGCAAGGGUCCACAGUUUGAGAAAAAUACUGCCCUUAAUGCUUUGUUGUACAGAAUAAUGUAAGUGCAGAAGAAAGUUUCCACCCAACACCAAUAUGGGCGCAAACACUUCCAGCAAGUCACCAACGUUUGAUGAGAACGAAGAAGUCACCUUUGACCAUUUUGAAAUUUUGAGAGCCAUUGGAAAAGGCAGCUUUGGAAAGGUAUGCAUUGUUCAGAAAAAUGACACGAAGAAAAUGUAUGCAAUGAAAUAUAUGAACAAGCAGAAAUGCGUUGAGCGGAAUGAAGUGAGAAACGUCUUCAAAGAGCUGCAGAUCAUGCAGGGACUUGAACACCCUUUCCUUGUUAAUCUGUGGUACUCCUUCCAGGAUGAAGAAGACAUGUUUAUGGUAGUGGAUUUGCUUCUUGGAGGCGACUUGCGUUACCACCUGCAGCAAAAUGUACGUUUCCAAGAAAAUGCUGUGAAACUCUUUAUUUGUGAGCUGACGUUAGCCCUGGACUAUCUGCAAAGCAAAUGCAUUAUUCACAGGGACAUCAAGCCUGAUAACAUCUUGCUGGAUGAAUAUGGACAUGUGCACAUCACAGAUUUCAAUAUUGCCACAGUGCUAAACAAGGACAUGCAGGUGACCACCAUUGCUGGCACAAAGCCAUACAUGGCACCUGAAAUGUUCAGUUCCACAAAACCUAUUGGCUACUCCUAUGCUGUUGACUGGUGGUCAUUGGGUGUUACAGCCUAUGAACUUCUUAGAGGACGGAGGCCUUAUCAUAUCCGCUCCAGCACUGCUGCAACGGAAAUUGCCCAUCUGUUCAAAACAGCCACAGUUAUGUAUCCUGCUGCUUGGUCAAAGGAUAUGUUGUCAUUAAUCCAAAAGUUGAUGCAGGUAAAUCCAGAUGAACGGUUUUCUCAGCUGAGUGACAUCCAAGAAAUUUCUUACUUGGCUGAUAUCAACUGGGAUGCAGUUUUGCAAAAGAGAAUAAUGCCUGGAUUUAUUCCUACCAAAGGCAAGUUGAACUGUGACCCAACUUUUGAACUUGAAGAAAUGAUCCUGGAAUCGAAGCCACUUCAUAAGAAAAAGAAACGCUUGGCCAAGAAGGAGAAGGAAAGCAGUAAAGAUGAUUCCAUGGAGGCUUACCACCUUCAGAAAAACCUGGAAUCACUCCAGAGGGACUUCAUCAUUUUCAACAGAGAAAAGAUGAGGAAACAACAUAAUGAAAUGCAAGAGAACCUGACUCUGGCGCAAACCAAAGAUGACCAGGAAGAAGACGACCAGAAUAAUAAUUUGUGAAACUGAUUUUGCUUCAGCUCUGGUGAUAUCUUUGAAGGUCUUGGUUUGUACCUUACCAGUUUCAUGGAGCUCAAAUCAAAUGCUGCUAUCAUGUCAAGGCAGAUGUCUUGCUCUGAGCCUUCCAAACCUGCAGCUGAGUGUCUCCUUCUGCCGUAAGGAGUUAAGCUCUAGUAUCUUGCCUCAGUAGAUAAGGCACAGAGUCUCAUUUUAUAAUUUUUUAAAAACUUGAUUAUAGACAGCAAAUAAUGUUUUGUUUUCCCCAACAAGUACGCAGAAUGGUGGAAGGUCAAUUUCACAUUUUUUUCUUUUGACAAGACAUUGGAAUAUUGACAUCAGUUAUAUCCAACUGCUUAUAGGAAACAGAAGGCCUUUAUUAAGGGUUUGCUUAUGAGAUGGCGGCAUUUUUUAAGUGGUGUUUCAGAACGAAGGGCUAGAACCACAAUUGCUCAAAUGCAGUGCAAUGGAUUCCAGUGGCAAUAUCAAAUGUUGUUAGUAAUAGCAAUUGCUCUGUCCUACAGCUUAUAUUCAAUUCAUCACCUUAAAAUAUACAAAGGGAAGUGCUUUUUUGUUAUAGUCUCUUUCAAUAUUGACAAUAUAUGUUAUAAAUAGAUUAAUUUAGUGCAACUUCAGACAGAGGAUGUGAGUAUGGCCUUAGAGCUGCAAUGCGAGUCAGAAACCAAACUAAUGAUCAGGGUGUAACAAAUUCCAGAAUAGUGGCUGAGCCAUAUUAGUCUGCAGUAGCAAAGAACAACACAAGUGUUUGGGCAUCUUGAAGCCAAACAGAUUUAUUGUGACUUACUUGAGAUAAUAUGUAACUUUAUAAGGUCUACCCCUAAGACUUGCUUAUAGAACACACCAGCAAGUUCAAUAGCCUACUUCAGCCAUUAUAUUGGACAGGAAAGAUGAUUUUAAAACAUUUUAAAUAAGGGGGAGCCAUAUUAGCCAAGCCAUAUUAGUCUGCAGUAGCAAAGAACAACAGAGGUGUUUGGGUACCUUGAAGCCAAACAGAUUUAUUGUGACUUACUUUAGAUAAUAUGUAACUCUCCAAGGUCUAUCCCUAAGACUUGCUUAUAGAGCACACCAGCAAGUUCAGUAGCCUACUUCAGCCAUUAUAUCGGACAGGAAAGAUGAUUUAUAAACAUUUUAAAUAAGGGGGACUACUAGGAAAACCAGAGUGCUGUUUACUCAGAUUACCUGCUAAAGGUUGAUGUUGUGUGGUUUGUGAUUAUGAGGUACCUUAUUUAUUUUUCCACGUUGUUAAGUUUUAUAUGAAGCUUUGUAGCAUUAGCUAUUUGAGCCAAUAUAAAUGCGGAUUUUCUGGGACCUGCCAGAAGUUUGAGGUAAGCCUCACAUUAUUAAGAUUACUACUUGUAGGAAAAUAAUAGUAUGUAGCCAUUAAGACUGAAAAUUCAUCAUGGCCCCGUCCUCCCAGCUCAUUUAAUCUCUUCUUACACUACUGACAUAGAAACAAAGCCAAAAUCUAAAAAUGGAUUCUUUUACAAGGCAUUUGUAAUUCUAGUCAAAAUGGGGUAAAUAUCUAAAUGGUAACAAAUGGCCUUUCACUUUCAAGAGCAUCUUAUACAAUGUAAUGAACCUUCUCAGAAACUAGCAGGCAUUAUUUUAAAGUCCUACUGAUUUCAAAGGGAGAGUUAAGCCCCUCCCAUUUCACAGGCUUUUAAAACUCUUUGUUAAUGUUAAUUAAAAGAUGCUGGACACCAUUUUGUAGAAGGGCAAGGAGUCAUUGUUCACUGUAUAACCUAGCAAGCAAUCCAGACUUUUUAAUAGCCACACUGCAAACCUUCUACUGCCAAAACCUGCAUUCUAUUAAUCUCAGGCUUCUCUUGUAUUCACUUCUGGAAUAUGUAGUUUAUCUGUAUGCACUACAAAUAUCUGCAAUGGAGGAACAGGGUGAUACCCACCCCUUUUUUAAAAAAAUAAACAAACCACCUGACUGGACACUGAAAAAGAAUAGUUGUCUUGGAUAUUACAGUAAUGGGGAUUGUCCCAUUGACUACAUCCCAUCCCAUUCUUAUUUAUGCAGAAAAUAAUUGUCAGUUUAGUUUGAAGUAAACAUUCUGUUGCUGUUUUAAUAACUCAUGUCCAAGUUGAGUCCUCUUGAGAGGUAAUCAUUCCAAAGCCAGACAAGAUUUCUGUAGAACCCUCCCCAAAACAUCUGCAAUGGUUUUGAGAAGAUAACCACAACCUUGAGAGUGCAACCAACAGCUGUUGUGACAAUUACACUCAAGAAAAUGUGCUGCUUUAUAGAAAUGUUUUAUCUGAGACUCUGCUAUAGUCUUAUAAGCAGGAAUAUCACCAGAGUUCCAUUAUAGGACAGUAUCUUCCUAUCCAAAAGAUGGCCUUUCUUUAGUCCUGACACAUUCACUAUACUAGAUAACUAUCUGAAUUGAUUUUUUUCAAGCUGUGCUAAACUUUGUCCACAAUAUUGCAGGGACACUUCACUGACAGUAACAACUCUGGCUGUUCUCUGUUAAUGCAGAGAUCUAGACAGAACAGCUAAACAUUCACAUAUUGUUUCUUAUCUGGCUACCGCCCAACAAUCAGUGAAAAAUCAAGGAAGGUCCAUAGUUUACAAAUAUUAUAACAAAGUGAAUAAAUUGGUAUUUGCUGCUUUAUUGUAUCAAGAAAAAUACUUACAUUCUUUAACACAAUUUUCAAUCACACUUAUCAGAUACUACCUUGUAAGCCUAAGCACUAUCUAAACGCAGUGGUUUUGCUUCAGUGCCAUUGGAGUGAUGUGUGAGAGGGAUAGCGCUACUAGAGACGUUCCUUCCUGUUCUAGGAAGCCAUAUCAUUGGAAGAAAGUGUGUAUCGGGGGGUGGGGGUGGGGGUGGUGUCUGGCAGGGGAGAAAUUUUCCAGUGUUUGCUUUUUUAAAAGGCUGCAUGAGAGCUACCCUAUUUGAGUGGAAGCGUCAAGUGCUCCACCUCUACCCAUUCAAAGUACUUUUUGUAUCACCAGUGGUAUCAAGUAGGUUCCCCAGACAUGCAGUUAAAUUCCACACCACACUUGUUAGCACAACAGAUCUGUUACUUAUGGAUUAAAAUGGGUAAUUUACAGCAAUAUCACACUACAGUCGGAUACUGGAAAAUGUAUUUUCCCAUCAGUUGGCAUGGUGUGUGUGAGUGGGGGUGUGGGGAACAUUGGCUCAAUGUUCCACAACAGGAACUUUGCAUUUAAUGAACAAUAAACUUGAAUAGAAAGCU